GCCUCUAAAUAAGAGGGUGGGUCCCCUAGAAAUGUUAGUUAAUGUAUGGUCAGUAAAACUGAGUACAUUAUCAAUAUCACAAGUGUUUUUACGUCUGCAAUGCCUACAAGGUUAAGCUUAGACCUACAUGGUAGACAAGGUGAAACGAAGGUACAAGGUCGUAGACCUACAUGGUACCAUGAUAAACACGUAAAAAUAGAAAUGAUAAGACUAUCUCCAACGCAAACGCCGCUGGUUGCUGCUACAGUAUGGAUUCUUAACUCAUAUGUAUUAGUUCACGGUGAGGAUCAACUUGUUCGUAAAUCUUUUAUUCGUGUUGCUUCAGAAAAUAAAAGUGUGAGAGAAAGGGGAGAACGAGAGGAGAAGGGAGAACAAGAGAAAAGGGAAGAACGAGAGGGAAAGGGGAUGAGAAGGGAUGGGUUGGAAGUGUCUUCUCUUCCUUUAAAUAGAGUAUGGGAAGGUUGGGCAAAUUUGUGUGGUAUAGAUGAAUCAAAAAUUUAUUUUAAUUGGAUUGCUUUUGAUAAUGUUAUUGAUAAGGUUAUUGAAAUGUUGAUGUCGUCAUCCAAUAAUAAGUUACACGUAUCAUUUUCAAGUAUCGAUGAUCAAUUUCCAGCUUCUAAUGGAUAG